GUCGCCAGAGCUCGCUGCUUGUGCUCUCACCGCGACAAGUUUAGAACGUGACAACAGGAUUUGAUCUGUAUAACUGUUGUGGAUUUGGCCAAAAGCGGAACUAUCAGACUGCGGGGAAAUAGUGGAAAGUAACGAAAAUAACGAGAAGGUUUCCCGAAGGCAGUUAUUCUCCUAGUCUGCUCUUAUUUGUGUAUAAAGUUGUAAACCAUGCAUUGUUUGAAAAUAUUACGGGUGACCAACGCAGCAGCUGUGCAAACCUUUGUGACAGACGCCACUAAAAAAGUGAUCAAAAAGUUGUGUUAUAACUGUUUAUUACCGGGUUGUCAUCGUACCGUUAAAAUUCACUGUUUCAACACAAGUUCAACAGAUCAGCACCGUAUUGGAACAACCUCAGAUAUGGACCACGUGCUUCCCAAACUGAGCAGUGAUGUAAAGGGUCUGUUCUCAGGAGUUGAAGAUAUGCUUUUCUACACCAUCACAGAUGGUCAGGAACAAGUCCCCGUCUCACACUUUAUCUCUGCCCUGAAGAAAACUGGUCUUAACGCGUCAGACCCCCGACUGAAGGACUGUAUGGACAAGCUGCAACGCUCCGUAACGGAAUCCUUUCAUGACGUCAUGAUGGACCGGGAACUCUUCCACAAGUGUGUUGGUGGGAACAUAGUGCUUCUGAUUCAGGCCUUCAGAAAGAAGUUCAUCAUCCCUGAGUUUGAUGCCUUUGUAACAAAGAUAGAUCAAAUCUACGACACCGUCCAGAAAAACCAUGACGGACAUGUAGCAGUCUACAUUCCCCACCUGGCCAAGUUCAGUCCUGAUCUCUGGGGUGUGUCUCUGUGUACUGUAGAUGGACAGAGACACUCAGUAGGAGAAAGCAAACAGCCCUUCUGCCUCCAGUCGUGUGUGAAGCCUCUGGAGUAUGCUGUAGCCAUCCACGAGGCUGGGACAGAGAAGGUACACCGCUAUGUGGGGAUGGAGCCCAGCGGACUCAAGUUCAACAAGCUCUACCUGGAUGAGGAAGACAAACCCCACAACCCCAUGGUGAAUGCUGGAGCCAUUGUCAUCAGCUCUCUUAUCAAGCCUGGCUCAAACAAGGCAGAGAAGUUUGACUAUGUGAUGGAUUUUAUCAAGAAGAUGGCUGGUCAAGAGUACGUGGGGUUCAGCAAUGCCACGUUCCAGUCUGAAAAAGAAACAGGCGACAGAAAUUUUGCAAUUGGAUAUUACCUCAAAGAGAAGAAGUGUUUUCCUCGUGGGGCAGAAAUGAUUGAUGCACUGGACUUCUACUUCCAGCUGUGUUCCAUAGAGGUGACCUGUGAGUCUGGGAGUGUCAUGGCCGCCACGCUGGCCCAUGGGGGCAUCUGCCCAAUCACAGGCGAGCGGGUACUGAGUGCCGAGGCCGUACGGAAUACCCUGAGUCUCAUGCACUCCUGCGGCAUGUACGACUUCUCUGGGCAGAUGGCCUUCCAUGUGGGCCUGCCUGCAAAGUCUGGGGUGUCUGGAGCGGUUCUGUUGGUUGUCCCUAACGUCAUGGGAGUGAUGUGUUGGUCACCUCCUUUAGACAAGGUUGGAAACAGUGUCAGAGGAAUACACUUCUGCCAGGAGCUGGUGUCUUCGUUUAACUUCCACAACUAUGACAACCUGAGACACUUUGUCAAGAAGCAGGAUCCUCGUAGGCAGGACGGGGAUGAUAGGAACAAGUCUGUGGUGAACUUGAUGUUUGCGGCCUACAGUGGAGAUGUGUCAGCCCUCAGAAGGUUUGCUCUGUCCUCGAUGGACAUGGAGCUGAAAGACUAUGACUCUAGGACAGCUCUACACGUGGCUGCAGCAGAGGGUCAUGUAGAAGUGGUACGGUUCCUAACAGACACCUGCAAAGUGAACCCCUUUGUGAAAGAUAGGUGGAGCAGCAUUCCCCUGGACGAUGCCCUGCAGUUUGGCCACGCUGCCGUGGUGAAGGUCUUACAGGAGUACCAGGUGGCUUGCCAGGAACAGGACAGACUACCAGUGGCUGAUAUCAUACCCAUCCCCCCCAAACUAGAGACUGUAGAAGGCAUGGUGUGAUCAGGGGGGCCCGUUGGUAUCAAGCUCUACAAUUAGGAGUGCUGAUCUACCAUCAGUUUGGCGUAACGAAACAGAUAAUUAUAGACAUUGAGGACCUGAUCCUAGAUCAGCACUCCUACUUGAUAAAUCAUUAGGCCCCAAACAGAAGAAAACAUACUGAAACAUGGAGGGACUUCAAAUCCAAUAACAAACACUCAUUUUAGUUUUCAGUUGCAAAUGGUCUGAAGUGGCACUCUAUUUUAUAUAGGCCUUUAGUGCAUUCGUUUUGGUUAGUAGUGUGUAUAAGGAAUAUAAGGAUGCCAUUAGGGACGCAACCCUCUACACGCUUAGAAAAAGGUAUCUAGAACCUAAAAGGGUUCUUCGGAUGUCCCUAUUGGAGAACCCUUUGAAGAACCCUUUUUGGUUCCAGGUAGAACUCUUUUGGGGUUCCAUGUAGAACCCUUUCUGCCGAGUGUUCUACAUGGCACCCAAAAGGGUUCUACUUGGAACCAAACAUUUUUAAACCUGGAACCAAAAAGAACCCUUUUGGAACCUUUUUUUCCCCUAAGAGUGUAGUGCUACUCCUUCCACCAGGACUUGUCUCUCUGACGUCCCUGGGUGUCCCCCAAUAAUAUCUACUUUCUCCUGAAGUGUACACUUGUUCACUACUUCCCACAAAUCUAAAAGCAUUGGAUUGGUGGAGGCGUGGGCUAAGUGGGUGUUUCCACCUUAUUUCUUAUACCAGUCAUUGUUCUUCAAAUCAGUGAAAUGCACGCUUUGGGAGGAAGGAGAGAUCUUUGGGACAGACUCCCUAUCUUUGUAUGCAAUAUUUACUCCUCUCCUAGGCUGGACUUAUAUACAGGAGGACACCUGAGAGUGAGGCUGGACAUGUACAGGAGGAGACCUGUGAGUGUUGGAGAAGUUCAACAUCAUGAUUGGGACGUUCAGUGUUCUAUGACGAAAAAUAUUUGUUGACAUUCUAUUUUUCCUGACUAAAACUAUGCCUAUAACGACACGAGGUGCCCUCGAAAAUAUAACUAUGACAAAUGUUUUUCUUCAUUUGAGUUGAUGAAAAUGUAACGAGAUUUGACGUGACGCCCCUUUUAAUCUGUUUUGUCCAAUCAGAAGCAUGCAUACCUUUGCAGAAUAUUUAAUUAAAUUAUCUUAUUGGCUGAUAACAUAUGUCAUGCGCCCGGGCUACUUGAGUUUAUAGUCCUACCAGUCUUUCCAACACACACAGCUCCCAGGCGGUCGCUUCAAUCGUCUAUUUUUUGAACUGAUGCUCAGAGAACUUCUAAAUUGUAACUAACCUCUAUUCUGUUAAGAAACAAUCAUGUUCAUAUUGGAUAUUUUUUACUUUGAUCACAUCCGAAGCUAUACCUUGCCAUUUGCGCUGAUAUUCAUUAGUGUUGCCGCUCUCACGGUACGCAAAUAAAAGUCGCAGUUAAUUUUUUCCGAUUGUAAAUACUACUGCUAUUUACUGAAUAUCAGGAACACAGCAAUAAUACUGUCUUCGUUGGAAAGCUCUGAUUCUCCCCCUUUUUCAAUCGAGUCACUGUUAUUUAACCCCCUCUGGCGAUUAUGAUGGGUAGAAAAUCACAGCUGUUAAUUGGUUAACCUGUAUCCAAUCACGGCUAUUGUUACUUCCACAAUAGCAAUUUGCCAGCUACGUUAUAGGAGGGUAUACACACUAUACUAGUAAGCCUAGUUGGACAAGGCUGAAUAUACACACGAUCAAUGUUAGGGAGAAGACUAAAUAUUAGUUAUUUCGUGGAAAAUGUAUUGAUUAAAAUAUCACUAAAACUACACAAAAAAGUAUCCAGUUUUAGUCGACUGAUAGUUUCUAAAAUGACGAAAUGGCUAAAAUUUGACAAAGACUAAAAACUAUUUUAGUCAAAACAAAAAAACGAAACAAAAAAAAUAGCUGACAAAAUGAAUCAAGGCAUAACACGUUUGUCACGACCAGGAGUGGACAUGAUAGCACACACAUCUGGGACCAGGCUACAUAUAAAGAGGCGAGUUGCCUUGGUAGUGUUUUUUAGCGAGAGGGCCUUUUUGCCAAUUAACAACACACAGCUGGUCUGUCAAGAAACAGCUUUGUCGUUCUCGUCUGUGCACUUGGUGUUUACGUGUGUGCUGCAUCAGAGAGCGCCUUUGGCUUUGCGGUUUACCGCUGAAGAUUUAGCACGUUGUUGAUACAUGAGCUGAGGUUGUGCUACAAGGGCGCAACAGACAGACACUUCUAAGACCCAGUAAUGAUGAAGGGGUUCAAAUAUCAUGGUGUCUGUUGUUUCAGUAAUGAUGAAGGGGUUCAGAUAUCAUGGUGUCUGUUGUUUCAGUAAUGAUGAAGGGGUUCAGAUAUCAUGGUGUCUGUUGUUUCAGUAAUGAUGAAGGGGUUGAGAUAUCAUGGUGUCUGUUGUUUCAGUAAUGAUGAAGGGGUUCAGAUAUCAUGGUGUCUGUUGUUUCAGUAAUGAUAAGAGGGGUUCAGAUAUCAUGGUGUCUGUUGUUUCAGUAACGAUGAAGGGGUUCAGAUAUCAUGGUGUCUGUUGUUUCAGUAAUGAUAGGAGGGGUUCAGAUAUCAUGGUGUCUGUUUCAGUAAUGAUGAAGGGGUUCAGAUAUCAUGGUGUCUGUUGUUUCAGUAACGAUGAAGGGGUUCAGAUAUCAUGGUGUCUGUUGUUUCAGUAAUGAUAAGAAGGGUUCAGAUAUCAUGGUGUCUGUUGUUUCAGUAAUGAUGAAGGGGUUCAGAUAUCAUGGUGUCUGUUGUUUCAGUAAUGAUGAAGGGGUUCAGAUAUCAUGGUGUCUGUUGUUUCAGUAAUGAUGAAGGGGUUGAGAUAUCAUGGUGUCUGUUGUUUCAGUAAUGAUAGGAGGGUUCAGAUAUCAUGGUGUCUGUUGUUUCAGUAAUGAUAGGAGGGGUUCAGAUAUCAUGGUGUCUGUUGUUUCAGUAACGAUGAAGGGGUUCAGAUAUCAUGGUGUCUGUUGUUUCAGUAAUGAUAAGAAGGGUUCAGAUAUCAUGGUGUCUGUUGUUUCAGUAACGAUGAAGGAGUUCAGAUAUCAUGGUGUCUGUUGUUUCAGUAAUGAUAAGAGGGGUUCAGAUAUCAUGGUGUCUGUUGUUUCAGUAAUGAUGAAGGGGUUCAGAUAUCAUGGUGUCUGUUGUUUCAGUAAUGAUAAGAGGGGUUCAGAUAUCAUGGUGUCUGUUGUUUCAGUAAUGAUAAGAGGGGUUCAGAUAUCAUGGUGUCUGUUGUUUCAGUAAUGAUAAGAGGGGUUCAGAUAUCAUGGUGUCUGUUGUUUCAGUAACGAUGAAGGGGUUCAGAUAUCAUGGUGUCUGUUGUUUCAGUAAUGAUAGGAGGGGUUCAGAUAUCAUGGUGUCUGUUUCAGUAAUGAUGAAGGGGUUCAGAUAUCAUGGUGUCUGUUGUUUCAGUAACGAUGAAGGGGUUCAGAUAUCAUGGUGUCUGUUGUUUCAGUAAUGAUAAGAAGGGUUCAGAUAUCAUGGUGUCUGUUGUUUCAGUAAUGAUGAAGGGGUUCAGAUAUCAUGGUGUCUGUUGUUUCAGUAAUGAUGAAGGGGUUCAGAUAUCAUGGUGUCUGUUGUUUCAGUAAUGAUGAAGGGGUUGAGAUAUCAUGGUGUCUGUUGUUUCAGUAAUGAUAGGAGGGGUUCAGAUAUCAUGGUGUCUGUUUCAGUAAUGAUGAAGGGGUUCAGAUAUCAUGGUGUCUGUUGUUUCAGUAACGAUGAAGGGGUUCAGAUAUCAUGGUGUCUGUUGUUUCAGUAAUGAUAAGAAGGGUUCAGAUAUCAUGGUGUCUGUUGUUUCAGUAACGAUGAAGGAGUUCAGAUAUCAUGGUGUCUGUUGUUUCAGUAAUGAUAAGAGGGGUUCAGAUAUCAUGGUGUCUGUUGUUUCAGUAAUGAUGAAGGGGUUCAGAUAUCAUGGUGUCUGUUGUUUCAGUAAUGAUAAGAGGGGUUCAGAUAUCAUGGUGUCUGUUGUUUCAGUAAUGAUAAGAGGGGUUCAGAUAUCAUGGUGUCUGUUGUUUCAGUAAUGAUAAGAGGGGUUCAGAUAUCAUGGUGUCUGUUGUUUCAGUCAUCAUCGUGCUUCUACACCUGCAUCGUGCUUCUACACCUGCAUUGAUUUUAAGGCUGGGUUUCUGUACAGCACUUUGAGAUAUCAGCUGAUGUAAGAAGGGCUUUAUAAAUAUGAUUUGAUGUCCUUGGCCUCAUUGAGUACCUGGGACUCAGUUCCAAAAUCCAAAGUAACUUAUAACUUAUUAACAUAUAACUUAGAGUGAAGCAAUGUUAUUUGGGCAUGCAUUCUAAGUGGUGUGCUAGAAUGGACAUUGGUACGUACUUUAUUUACCUUUAUACCAUUUGUAGUUUAUUAGAGAUCAACUGUUCGUCCAUGGAUGUUAUAUACAUGGACCAACGAAUGUGGAAUGUUGAAAUCGAGAUAUGAGAGGAACUGUGACGUACAGCCUUGUCUCUGACGUGAAAUCACGUGUGCAAACAUUGAAUUGGACUUUGUCUAAAUACUGUAUUGCUCCAACGUAAAUAAGAAAGUGUAUUUCCUAAUACCUGAUUAUUUUAUUGGGGUUAUUCUCUAGCAACACUGUGUGUGUUUUUAACUUGUUCUUCACCUGAAUUCAUCACCAUUUUUUUUAAAUGUUAUGGUUAUUUAAAAUGUAUGCAAUAUGAAAGAGACGAUCUAUUAAACAUCUUCAUGUUUUCACCCCCAUGGGUAAUGUUAUGGAAUUAUAUAUAAGGGGAUUUCCUAUGUAGGGAAAAAUAUAGUUGUUGACAAUAAAAUUUGUUUUCAAUAGAU